AUGGGAGAGGAUAUGAGCGCUCAUGAACAAAUAGAAUCGUCUCAUUCAGAGAUGCAGCCUUCCAUAUAUAUCACAUAUGACGAGCUUGAAUAUGCCAUUGAUACGCCGCCAUUGCUAUUUCCACGUCUGAAUAGGCUUCGCUCCAGCUUUAUCUCCAGACUCAAUAACAGGGAGUACAAACCGGGCUCCGUCAUCGAGCUGGCAGUGCAAUUUCUGGAAUUUGUUGCCCAAGAAGUGCAGCGCCACGAUGCUAGCUUAGACAGAUAUGGGUUGGGAGUGGCACUUGGACAAUUCGUGUCCGAUUUUCUCAAACAGGACGGGCUACAUUCUAUUGUUGCAGGUCUCGAAAACAAAAACCGGAUCCUACGUUCAUAUUACCGAGCAUCGGAGAUAAUGGGACCACCGUACGAAAUUGAACAAUCCGCCUUGUUGAGGCAUGCAGAGGAAGGCAAGGCUCGUCUGUAUCUUAUUUAUGGCGGCCAAGGCAAUAUGGAAAAUUACUUCGACGAAUUGAGGAUUAUGUACGACAUGUAUUCGCCAUUAAUAAAACAGUUUCUUGUUAAGAUGAUCCGACAUUUGAAUCGGAUUUCAAGUAUUGCCAUUAAUUCAAAGUCACUUCUGGCCCGCGGCUUCGACGUGGUGAGCUGGCUUGAUUAUCCUGACUCCCAACCGAAUGUGGGAUACCUCAUCUCUACACCCAUCAGUUUUCCUUUGAUUGGCAUGAUUCAGCUGUUACAUUACAUGGUAACCUGCCGUGUGAUGGGUAUCCAUCCGGGUGAUUUUAAUGACCGAGUCCAUGGAGCGUCAGGACAUUCGCAGGGAAUUGUAACGGCAGUUGCCAUUUCCGCCUCAACGGAUUGGGAAAGCUUUGAGAUGCAGGCCAAAAAAGCACUGUCCGUUCUCUUCUGGAUUGGCGUCCGAUCUCAGGAGGCAUAUCCACUGUCUUCAAUUUCCCCCCAAGCCACAGCGGAUUCGAGAGAACAUGGAGAAGGCAGUCCAAGCCCGGCACUGUCCGUCCACGGUUUAUCUCGAGAAGUUCUGGAAAAGCGCAUCGAUUCAGUGAACCAGUACUUGCCAGUUCAUAAUCAUAUCCACAUUUCACUAGUAAAUAGUAGAACAAAUAUCGUGGUCACAGGGCCUCCAUCGGCGCUACACAAUUUCAGUAUACAACUCCGCCGGACCACAAUCGAAGCGGGAAAGACGUCUAGCGCUGCUCAUGGCGAUGUUCGCGCACAGUUUCUUCCUAUGUCGGCUCCCUUCCAUAGUCCCUAUUUAUCGAAUGCUGUUGAAACAAUCUGCACUGAUCUUCAAACCAUAAAAUGGUCCGGAAAUCAACUUCGCUAUCCUGUGUACAGCACCUUUACAGGCGAAGACGUCAGAAAGAAUAUCAAGACAGAUGACGAAAUUGUACCAUCGCUGGUGAGCAUGAUUUGCGAAAAACCGGUGUUUUGGGAGAGAGCAGUUGCAAUGCCAGAGGCAACACAUAUUCUAGACUUUGGUCCCGGUGGCCUCUCCGGCAUAGGCGGACUCACCAGCCGUAUCAAGGAUGGUACAGGGACUCGAGUUAUCCUUCUAUCGGCGUUGAAUGGCACUAAUAAUCAGGUUGGUUAUGGUGCUGAAAUCUUUGCACGCAAUGUCAAGUAUAACAUGAGCUGGGCCGCAAAGUUUGCACCCCAACUGCGACGCACAUCCGACGGUAGAAAGGUUGUGAUGACCAAAAUGGCUGCCUUGACCGGUCUUCCUCCUAUAUUAGUGGCUGGCAUGACACCAACGACGGUACCUUGGGAUUUCGUGAAACACGCCAUGAAUGCAGGAUAUGAAAUGGAGCUUGCUGGCGGGGGAUACAUUAACGAGUUGGACAUGACCGAGGCAAUCACUAAAAUUAUGGAAAAUACCCCCAGUGGCCGAGGUAUUAUUCUCAACCUUAUAUAUGCGAGCCCCAAGGCCAUUGCCUGGCAAAUCCCGCUUGUACGCAAGCUCUGUUCUCAGGGAUUUCCAAUCAAAGGUCUCACUAUUGGAGCGGGCGUUCCUUCUCUUGAGGUGGCGAAUGAGUAUAUCCGUACACUGGGAAUUCGUCAGAUCGGGUUCAAGCCAGCGUCCAAAGACUCCAUAUUGGAAGUCGUUAGAAUUGCAGAAGCUAACCCAGAUUUUCCUAUCAUUCUCCAAUGGACCGGAGGACGUGGCGGUGGCCACCAUUCAUCUAGUGACUUUCACCAGCCCAUAUUAUCCCUGUAUAGCAGGAUCCGCAGCUGUGAAAAUAUUGUCCUCGUCGCGGGUUCCGGAUUCGGCGGUUCAGACGAUACGUUCCCCUAUUUGAGUGGAAAAUGGUCCAUUGCAUACGGCCGACCACCGAUGCCGUUUGAUGGGAUUCUUUUUGGUAGUCGCUGCAUGGUUGCUAGAGAAGCACACACUUCUCCUGCGGUAAAGCAAGUCAUUGUAGAAACUCCGGGUGUUCCUGACCAGGAGUGGCAGGAAACAUGUCAAAAGGACGGCGGGGCUGGAGGUGUCAUUUCAGUCCGCUCAGAAAUGGGACAACCAAUCCACAAACUCGCUACACGUGGAGUAUUAUUAUGGGCAGAAAUGGAUAAGAGAAUAUUCAGCUUACCAAGAGCGAAGAGACUUGACGAGCUACAGAAGAAAGAUGUCCAUGAUUAUAUCAUACGCCGGCUUCACGAUGACUUCCAGAAGCCUUGGUUUGGGCGCACUGCAUCUGGAAAGCUAGUUGAUUUAAGCGACAUGACCUACGGCGAAGUAAUCCAGCGGUUGGUUGAAUUGAUGUUUAUAAAACAUCAGCGUCGGUGGAUUCACAGGUCUCUCACCCAAUUGACAUUGGAUUUCAUCCAUCAUGUUGAGCAGCGACUCCGCGAUAGUAACAAAAGGACACGUCUAAUUUCAAAAGAGGAGGGAGCUGAUAGGAACCCGUAUCUAAUCAUCCAGGAAAUGUAUGAACUGUAUCCAGAAGCGGCUCGGCAACUUAUGAACACGCAGGAUUGUCACUUGUUUCUUCAACUUUGCAAGCGUCCUGGUCAGAAACCUGUGCCGUUUGUUCCGGCGUUAGAUGAUGACUUUGAAUUUUGGUUCAAGAAAGAUUCGCUGUGGCAGUCAGAGGAUAUCGAUGCAGUUAUCGACCAGGACGUGGGCAGAGUCUGUGUUCUUCAAGGUCCUGUAGCUGUGAAGCACUCCACAACCGCAGAAGAGUCCAUUCAGGAUAUCCUUGACAACAUCCACAACGGCCUUAUCGAAAAUCUGGAAACCAAAACUCCUGGGGUCAGUGAAAACAAUCUCUUAAUGUUCCAAGGCAUGGAUAAAUACUCCACAUACAACCACAUGGUGUGCGAAGGAGUGAAUGUCACUAGAACUCAUAACUCGAUGACACUUGCUAUUCCACUGACAGCCUCCGUUCCCAAUCGAAAAGAAUGGUUUGAACUGCUGGCAGGAACGGAAAAUGGGACAUGGCGCCGUGCAUUUUUCAAGUCUGAUUUCUUCAUACAGAACAGAAAAUUUGCACCGAACCCUGCCCAUCGCAUCCUUGCACCAGCUCCUGGGGUGACGUUAGAAAUUCACCAUCCCCAUAAACCUCACAAAACACAUCUCGCAGUGACGGAAUAUUGUGGCGGUAAUAAUAGAAUGACGGUAACGAUAGGUCCAAUUUCAGAAGAUAAUGCCAUCGCCAUGAAUUUGUUCCACCACGACACUGCCACCGGCAAACCUAUUUCGUUGCCCCUAAGGUUCACCUAUCACCCCAAUAUUAGUUAUGCUCCUAUUCAUGAGAUCAUGGAUUCUCGAAAUGACAGCAUCAGAAAAUUUUACUAUAAUGUUUGGCUGGGUGAGAAGCCGCCUGUACCUUUCAACAUGCCUUUGACAUCGAAAUUCGAAAGCAGUUGGGUUACUAUAACAACCCAUGCAGUUCGGGAGUUUGUCCACGCCAUUGGAAACACUGCUGACUUGUAUGUUGACAGACCUGGCGAACAAUGUUUUGUGCCAAUGGAUUUUGCCAUAGUCGCCGGCUGGAAAGCUCUAACCAAGCCGCUACUGCGUGUGAUAGAUGGUGAUCUACUCAGCCUCGUGCAUCUCUCCAAUAGCUUCCGAAUGGCUCCCGGAGCACCCCCUUUCAAAGUGGGCGAUUCUGUCAGGGCGACGACAGAAAUCACAGCCAUGGUAAAUCAAGAAAGUGGGAAACUUGUUGAAAUUUCUGGCUCUGUCGCUAGCAAGGAUGGAGCUUCGAUUAUGCAUAUCACGUCACAAUUUCUUUAUCGAGCUGUGCAUUUGGAUUAUGAAGAUACCUUCCAACGAACAGUGGAAAAGCCGAUUAAAGUGAACUUGGAGACACAAACGGAUGUUGCCAUCUUGAAAGCCAAGGAAUGGUUUCAGCUUGAUAGAACCGACAUGGAACUAGUUGGCAAGACAGUGAUUUUCAGGUUGGAGACGAUGAAAACAUUUGACGGUGGAAUUAGUUUUUCCUCCGUCAAAACGGUGGGAAGUGUUGACAUGCAAUUAGCAGAUUCGACGGGAGCGUCUUCACGAAUUGCAUCUGUCAAUUAUGUAGCCGGCCCAUCAUAUAGCAACCCCGUGCUUGAUUAUCUUCGUCGCGUGGGUUCUGAAACAAAUGAGAUUGUAUAUCUCGAACGGCCAAUCCCUAUUGGGGAGCCCAACGAAAGCCCUUUCAUUAUCACUGCUCCCAAUUCCAAUGUGAUAUACUCAAUGGUGUCAGGGGACUAUAAUCCCAUACAUACAUCACGGGCUUUCGCCGAGUACGUCGGUCUUCCUGGAUCUAUCGUCCAUGGUAUGCAGACGAGUGGUGCGAUACGGACCCAUGUGGAAAACUGGAUGGCAGAAGGUGACAAUCACCAAAAAGUGGCCAUGAUGCGCGAGUUUUCCGUCCAUUUCGUCGGUAUGGUUCUGCCGGGGGACCGUAUAGAGGUUAGACUGAAUCAUGUUGGCAUGGCAUCUGGUUGCAAAGUCAUUCAGAUUGAGGCUACCAAAGCUACCACCGGUGAGAGGGUCUUAAUGGGGCAAGCUCUUGUACGACAACCGGUUUCUGCAUACAUAUUCACCGGCCAGGGUUCACAGGAACAGGGAAUGGGCAUGGAUCUCUAUGCGAAGAGCCCAGUAGCCAGGAAAGUGUGGGAUCGAGCCGACAGGCAUUUACGAAAUACCUAUGGAUUCUCAAUUCUAGAUAUAGUCAAGCAUAACCCGAAGGAAUUAACAAUUCAUUUCGGCGGUGCUCGAGGCAAAGAGAUUCGCCAGACAUACAUGUCGAUGACAAACGGCAGCCAGAAAUCCGAUCCACUCUUUAAAGACAUCACUAUAGAUACACCGUCUUAUACGUACCGAUCCCCGAGUGGCCUUCUAAACGCAACACAGUUUACCCAGCCGGCAUUGACAGUGAUGCAGAUGGCCGCGUUUGCUGAUUCCCGAGCCCGUGGCGUUAUUCAAAGUGAAAACGUAUUUGCAGGACAUUCACUCGGCGAAUAUAGUGCUCUGGCUAGUGUAGCAGAGGUUACUCCUAUCGAGACUCUUUCCUCUAUCGUCUUCUAUCGUGGUCUAUGCAUGCAGGCAGCCGUCGAUCGCGAUGAAGAAGGUCGUUCCAAUUACUCAAUGUGUGCGGUGAAUCCCUCUCGCAUUUGCGCCGGUUUCAGCGAACAGACACUACAGAAUCUCGUCGGCCAGAUCACGGAUAUUACAGGAUCUUUCCUAGAAGUAGUCAAUCUCAACGUCCAUGAAAUGCAAUAUGUGUGUGCAGGAGAUUUGCGAGCACUUGAUAUCUUAAUUGAGGUGACGAACCGAAUUAAGACAAUGGCCAUUGAUUGCAACGCCGAGACGAGUGGUAGACUUGAGGAAGAAAUCAGGAGCGUGGCUUUAGAAACUGAUAAAAAGCGUCGACCUCUUCAGCUGUCGCGUGGGGCGGCUUGUGUUCCAUUAGUCGGCAUCGAUGUCCCUUUCCACAGCAGUUACUUACGCACAAGAAUCGAUCCCUUCCGGUCUUUUCUCCUUCAAAACCUGGAUAGAAAAAACAUCGAUCCAAACAAAUUGGUGGGCAAGUUUAUCCCGAAUGUCACAGCGCGGCCAUUUGAACUUUCUCAGGAAUAUUUUGAUUAUGUAUAUCAGUUGACACGGUCGUCGCGGAUUGCUAAGAUACUAGGCGAUUGGAACAAGUACAGCAAAGAGUUGGCGUUCUCUAAUGACUUUAGCUACAACCAUGGAACGCUUGGCGGUGUUCUUGUCAAUGAUUGCGUUGAACACGAUAAUUGGAAGAAUUAG